CCCCUCUCUCCCCACUCCCAGCGGCGGCAGUGGUUGCAGGAGGCCAUGGCUCAGGCGUUCAGGGGGCAGCUGGAGGAGGUGGAGCAGAUGAAGGAAUGUCUGCGGGUGCUGGAGGCCAUGUCCCCGGGCGGGGACGGUGGCGAGUCCUCGGAGCCAGCUGAGGGCGACCCCUCGCGCCAGGCCAGUGCGCUGGAGCUGCUGGCUGAGCUGUGUGAGAACCUGGACAACGCCCCAGAUUUCUGCAAGCUGGAUGGAAUGCGGCUGCUGGCUCAUCGCUACCUGGAGCACCCUGUCCCGGACCUGCGCUGGCGUGCGGCCCACCUGGUAGGCACCUGCGCCCAGAAUGUGCCCAAGGUGCAGGAGCAGGCGCUGGCGCUGGGCUGCAUGCGCAAGCUGCUGCGGCUUCUGGACCACGACGGGGCCGACCUGGUGCGCGUCAAAGCGCUCUUCGCCAUCUCCUGCCUGGUGCGCGCCCAGGAGGGGGGCCUACAGCAGUUCCUGCGCCUGGACGGCUUCUCAGUGCUCAUGCGAGCCAUGCAGAGCCCCGUGCAGAAGCUCAAGGUGAAAUCCGCCUUCCUGCUGCAGAACCUGCUCUUGGACAAUCCGGAGCACAAAGAGACCCUGUGCUCCAUGGGCAUGGUGCAACAGCUGGUGGCUCUGAUCCGCUCCGAGCACAGCCCCUUCCAUGAGCAUGUUUUGGGGGCCCUCUGCAGCCUGGUGACAGACUUCCCCCAGGGGGUGCGGGAGUGCCGGGAGCCCCAGCUGGCGCUGGAGGAGCUGCUGAAGGAGCGCUGCCAGCUGCUGCAGCAGCAGGAGGAGUUCCAGGAGGAGUUGGAAUUCUGUGAGCGUCUUCAGCGUGUCUGCUUCCAGACGCCUCCCGAGGACAGCAGCAUGGAUCGGUGACUGCCCAUGGCACCCCAGUGCCGCCUGGGAUCGGUGACUGGCCUGGAUCAGUGACACCCCACAGCCCCUCCUGUGCUCCUGAGGAUCAGUGACUGGGUCUGGAGUUCCCCCUGGAGUGGUGACUGCCCACAGCAUCCCGUCCCCCUCAGAUUGGUGACUGGCCCUUGUGUCCACUCCCCUGGAUUAGUGUAUGCCCAUGGCCCCCCCCUCGUGCCUGCCCUGCAGGUCGGUGUGUUCUCUGGCACCACCAGGGCAGGGGACUGGCUAACUGCUGGGGGAAUGAGGCAUAGGUUUCCAGGGGGGCGCAGGCUGUGAUCUGGGCCUGCCUGGGGGCAUGGGGUGCUGUCUAGCAGGGGAGCCCAGAGGGUAGAUGCUGUGCCCAGUGCUGACACAUGCCCCCUGUGUUGGCAGGUCCAAGGGGCAGGGCGGGGGCUGAGCUAAGGUGGGUGCAGCAUGGGGUCCCCAACAGCCCCUCCCACUCUGCCUGUUCCUAUGUUCUUGUUGCUAAUGGUUCUCUAAUAAAGGUUUUGCAUUGGGUGGCCCCUA